CACAGCUCUAGUCUCAGGCUCCAGGGAUUCAGCGGAGUGUGGGGUUACCAAGUCUCCUCCCUCCUGCUCUUCCACCAGCUCUUCCCUUCCUCAGCUCAGAGGCCCCUGCUGGACUAGACCCUUGGCUUUUCCUCUGACUUCUGUACCUGCUACAGGCCUCCUCACUGGAUUCAGCAUCUUGGUGGUGAGAGGUCCGCCAUGUGGGUACCAGACCUACACACGCUGCAGCUGCUGCUCCUGCUGGGCGUUUCAUGGGCGCGGGCGGCCCCCUCGCGCUGCACCUACACCUUCGUGCUACCCCAGCAGAAGUUCACAGGCGCAGUGUGUUGGAGCGGACCGACUGCGCCGCGCCCAGCCCCGGACGCCCUGAACGCCAGCGAGGUUGCCGCGCUGCGCGUGCGUGUAGGCCGGCACGAGGAGCUGCUGCAGGAACUCCAGCGUUUGGCGGCGGCUGACGGCGCAGUGGCUGGCGAGGUGCGCGCGCUGCGCAAGGAGAGCCGCAGCCUAAGCACGCGCCUAGGCCAGCUGCAGACGCAGCUGCAACACGAGGCGGGCCCGGGGGCGGGGCCAGGCCCAAGGGCGGAGCCCGCGGCUGCGCUGGAACAGCUCGGGGAGCGCGUGCUCAAUGCUUCCGCGGAGGCACAGCGUGCAGCCAUUCGCUUUCAUCAGCUGGAUGUCAAGUUCCGAGAGCUGGCACAGCUAGUUAGCCGUCAGAGUAGCCUUAUUGCCCGUCUGGAGCGCCUGUGUCCGGGUGGCGCGGGCGGGCAACAGCAGGUCCUGCCACCGCCCCUGGUGCCUGUGGUUCCAGUCAGUCUGGUGGGUAGCACCAAUGACACCAGCAGCUUAGACCCAGCCCCAGAGUCCCAGAGAGACCAGACCCUGAGGCAGCAGGGUCCCUUGGCCUCUCCCAUGCCUGCAGGGCACCCUGCUCUCCCUACCAAGCAAAUGGGCCCAUGGCAAGAUUGUGCAGAGGCGCACCAGGCAGGCCAUAGGCAGAGUGGAGUGUAUGAGCUGCGACUGGGCCGUUAUAUGGUGUCAGCCUGGUGUGAGCAACAGCUGGAGGGUGGAGGCUGGACUGUGAUUCAGAGGCGGCAAGAUGGCUCAGUCAACUUCUUCACUACCUGGCAGCACUACAAGGUGGGCUUUGGGCAGCCUGAUGGGGAAUACUGGCUAGGCCUUGAACCGGUGUAUCAGCUGACCAGCCAUGGGGACCAUGAGCUACUGGUGCUCCUGGAGGACUGGGGGGGGCGUGGUGCCCGUGCCCACUAUGAUGGUUUCUCUCUGGAGCCUGAGAGGGACCACUACCGCCUACGGCUUGGCCAGUAUCAUGGAGAUGCUGGAGACUCUCUUUCCUGGCAUAGUGAUAAGCCUUUCAGCACCGUGGAUAGGGACCGAGACUCCUAUUCUGGUAACUGUGCCCUGUACCAUCGGGGAGGCUGGUGGUACCAUGCCUGUGCCCACUCCAACCUCAAUGGUGUGUGGCACCGUGGUGGCCACUACCGCAACCGCUACCAGGAUGGGGUCUAUUGGACUGAGUUUCGUGGAGGGGCUUACUCUCUCAAGAAGGCUGCCAUGCUGAUCCGGCCUCUGAGGCUGUGAUCAUCUGU